AUUUAAAAUGUGAAAAAUGGUUAUUGUAUUUAAAUAUAUUAAACUACUAAAAUGCUCACUUUAACUUUUGUAGUUCAUUCUUCGUAAAUACUUGACAAUUAAAUAACCGUGUCUGUAUUUUAUACCUACCUAGUCAAAAUACAAUUUUUUUGUUAUAUUAAAACAUACCUACAUAUUUUUUGAAAAUAAACUGCCAAUUCUAUCAAACAUACCAUAGAUAUUUCCACAAUGACCUCGCAUAUAAAUAUGAUGAAUAAAUGCAAAACUCUAUUACCGAUUUUAUCGCACAAUCUUCAUAAAGGACAAUCAGGAAGGAUUGGUGUUAUUGGAGGUUGCGAAGAAUACACAGGAGCUCCCUACUAUGCAGCCAUUAGUGCGUUACGUACAGGAGCUGAUCUUGUGUAUGUGUUUUGUUUCAAAUCUGCUGCUCCAGUCAUAAAGUCAUACUCACCAGAACUUAUUGUGUUGCCAUAUUUAGACAGUCCGGAUUGUAUUGACCGUUUAAAGCCCUGGUUAGAAAAACUUCACUCUCUGGUUGUUGGACCAGGACUUGGUACUAGCCCUAUUGCUCAAGAUGCUGUUAGACGCAUUUUUGAACACAUCAGUAGAGAAUCAAAUUUUAACAAUAAAAGAAUGCCAAUAAUAGCUGAUGCAGAUUCUCUUAAUGUAAUUGAACCAGAAACAUUCCGAUUUUAUAAUGGUUGUAUUUAUCUAACACCAAAUGUUCACGAAUUAACUAAAUUAUCUAGUAGACUGAUUGGGCGCCAAACCUAUGAACCAACAGUGACUGAUGUUCAGGCUCUUAUGAACAAAUUAGGAGGUAAUUACGUUAUAGUACUAAAAGGAGCUGAAGAUGUAAUAGCAAACAUAAGGGGGACUUUAGUGUGUACUGAACCUGGUUCAGCUAGACGAUGUGGAGGCCAAGGAGAUAUAUUAGCCGGAAGUAUGGGCACUUUUGCUUAUUGGGCUUCCAAGCAAACUCACUAUUGUGAUGAAUUAGAUCCAGAAGUUCUCGCUGCUUAUGCAGCAAGUGCACUUACUAGGCAUACAAAUAAAAUAGCAUUUAAAGCAAAGGGUCGAAAUAUGAUUACAACAGAUAUUGUUGAAUUGUUACCUAAUGCUUUUCAAACUUUAUUUGGCAACUGAAAAAAAUAUGUGUUUAUUUAUGUAUUAUUUUCUUUUCAUAUUACAUCAAUUGUUAUAUUAUACAAUAAUUUUAAACGUUAUAUUUUAUUAUUGUUAUUCCUUAGCAGUACCUAAUGUAAAUCAGUUUAAAUUAUUUUUAAAGGAAUUGGUUAAUAAUCAAUAAUCACUUAAUAAUUUGUUAGUAUCAUAUUUAAAUAUUUAAUACACAUACAUUAUAUAUUAUUGAUAAAUCGGUGCUGUAUAAUAUGUAUGAUUUAUAUUGAAUAAAUUAAAUAUUAUCAUUGUUAUUCACAAAAUGCAGUCUUGAAACAUCUAAUUUUGAUGAAUUUAAGUAUAUAAAAAUAAAAUAUAGAAAGUUUAUUCGUA